AUGGGAGACGAGUCUUACCCAGACUUCCGAGCUCAGGAGCUGUUUGAUAAAUUUGUAUCGGCGUCGACCUGCAGGACAGUGCUGCGGUCCUUCAGCCAGCUGUGUGAAAAUCUGCAGCUGGACCAGAACACCGCUGAGAGGCCGCUUUACCAACCAAUCAAACGUCGCCUCAACUACUGGAGGGCCAAUGCCCUGUGGGCCAAAUUGGACAGAAGGGCAGCACAGCAAGAAUACCUGAAGGCCCGCAUCUGCAACAAUACCACGUGUGUGAUUAUCGGGGCAGGGCCCUGCGGUCUGAGGAUGGCAGUGGAGCUGUGCUUCAUGGGAGCUCGGGUGGUGCUGCUGGAGAAGAGAGACUCGUUCUCCAGGAACAACGUGCUCCACCUGUGGCCCUUCACAAUCUUUGACCUGCGUGGCCUCGGAGCCAAAAAGUUCUACGGAAAGUUCUGCGCUGGCUCCAUCGACCACAUCAGUAUCCGUCAGCUGCAGCUGGUCCUCCUAAAGGUCGCCUUAUUGCUGGGGGUUGAAGUUCAUGUCAACGUGGAGUUUAAAAACCUGGUGGAGCCGCCCGAAGACCAGUACAGACACAAGGUGGGCUGGAGAAUGGAGGUGAGUCCAGAGUCUCAUCCUGUCAGUCAACUGGAGUUUGAUGUCAUAAUUGGAGCAGACGGACGCAGGAACACGCUGCCAGGUUUCAGGCGUAAAGAAUUCAGAGGGAAGCUGGCCAUCGCAAUCACAGCAAACUUUAAAAACAGAAACACCACAGCUGAGGCCAAAGUGGAGGAGAUCAGUGGAGUGGCUUUCAUCUUCAACCAGCGGUUCUUCCAGGAACUACGACAGGAAACUGGGAUCGACCUGGAGAACAUUGUGUACUAUAAGGACGAUACUCACUACUUUGUGAUGACGGCAAAAAAGCAGAGUCUGUUAGAGAAAGGAGUCAUUCUACAGGACUUUGCAGACACUGAGCAGCUCCUCUCUUGGGGCAAUGUGGACCAGAAUGCAUUGCAGGAGUACGCCCGCGAGGCCGCCAACUUCUCCACCAAUCGCCAGCUGCCAUCUUUGGACUUCGCCAUGAACCACUACGGUCAGCCGGACGUGGCCAUGUUCGACUUCACCUGCAUGUACGCAUCCGAGAACGCCGCCAUGGUCCGCCAACGCCACGGACACCAGCUGCUCGUCACACUGGUGGGAGACAGCCUGCUAGAGCCCUUCUGGCCGAUGGGAACAGGAGUAGCCCGUGGGUUUCUGGCUGCUCUGGAUUCUGCCUGGAUGAUCAGGAGCUGGGCGCAGGGAGGAGCUCCUCUGGACGUCCUGGCUGAGAGAGAGAGUUUGUACCGUCUCCUUCCUCAGACGACUCCAGAGAACAUGCAGAAGAACAUCAGUCUGUUCUCUGUAGAUCCGACAACGCGAUACCUCAACAUCAACCCUCUGACCAUCACACCUGCUCAGGUGAGACACCUGGUGGACACAGGAGAGGAGGCGGGGCUAAAUACAAAUUGUGGCGACAUCAUCCGCCUGCCUACACCCAGAUUCCUCAAAGAGGAGUCCUUCUCUCAGUCCAAUCAGCUGCUGGCUUGGUGUCAGGAGCAGACUCGUGGUUACCGUGGCGUUGCCGUGGUCGACCUGACUACUUCCUGGAAGAGUGGCCUUGCUCUGUGUGCUCUUAUUCACCGAUACCAACCUGAUCUCAUAGACUUUGACUCGCUGGACAAGUCGUCGCUAGAAGAAAACACUCGUCUUGGUUUCGACGUGGCUGAACGAGAGUUUGGGAUUUCUCCUCUGAUGACGGUGGAAGAAAUGUCGUCUGUAGGAGAACCAGACUCUCUUUCUAUGGUGAUGUACCUGAGUCAGUUCUACCAGCUGCUCAAAGACUCGCCGCCCCCCACCGGUUGUUUGUGUCAGAUCUCUGACCUGAGAUCAGCUCUUAUCACUCCGGCCUCCCUCCUCAGCAGACUGGGACACAGUCCGUCUAGGAAAAAAAACCCAAAGGAGCAGAGAGAAGUUACAUGUAAAAGGAGGAAGACCGGUCGACCGGGUCAAGAGCAGCAGGAGUCAUGUGACCUGAACAGUGACGUCGACAGCCAGGUGUGUGACGAGGAGUUUGUGGGCGGGUCCAGUGGAUCCAGAGUUCGUCUGAUGGCCAAUCAGCUGCAGGCGAAGCUGGACGAGAGCUUGUCUACCUGCAGGAGUUCUUCUUCCUCUUCGUCUACUGCAGCUGCUUUACAUCAACAGCGGGGGGAGGUGUUGUCCAGCUCCCCUCCUCCCUCAGAGUCCGCGGAUGCUGCUGCCCAGCCAUCGUCAUGGAGACCGAGAAAACGAACUCUUCAACAGGAACAGUUGAGUUUUCGAUUCAAACAGAAGAUCAAGUCUCAGUGUGUCCUCAGCAGGGACGAACAGUGUCUUCAGAUGUACACUGGUGGAGUGAGCUCAUUGGCUGAGCAGAUAGCCAAUCAGAUUCAGAGUCGGGAUGAGGUCAGUUUGCCGAGUGACGUCUGUUUCUUCUGUAAGAAGAGAGUUUAUGUGAUGGAGCGUCUGAGUGCAGAGGGAUUGUUCUUCCAUCGCAGUUGUUUCCAGUGUGAUUACUGCAGCAGCACGCUCAGACUCGCUGCGUACGCCUACGACCGACACAACGGGAGGUUUUACUGUCUUCAGCACUACGACUGUCGUCUGGACGCUCCGACCGUGAGGAAGAGACCGACGCCGUCCGACAGAGCUGCUACGCACCGAACAUCAAUAGCAUCUCUGGCUUCAGCUCCCUCCCUCUCCUCCGCGGACUCUGAGAUCUCACCCGAACGUCGUCGCUCGUCAGCGAUUUCUGUGAUGGCGGCGACGCCCGAGAGGAUCGAGCUGGAAAACUACCGACGGAGCUCGACCAAGGUGGAGACGGAGGUGCAAGAGGAGCCCGAGGGUGUCUCCGAAGAGACCCUGAACCGGUUCAACCUGAGUCUGGACCAGACACACGACCACAGGUCCAGUUCAGAGUCUGAGAUGGAGGAGGAGGAGGACGAGGAGGACGAGGAGGAGGAGGAGGAGGAGCUGGGAGGAGGAAUUCGACGACGUUUGACCUCAGAGGUGGUCAGAGCCUCAUGGAGGGAAGCACUGCAGCUCCACCUCCGCCCGAGAGAUGACCAGGAGGGAGAGGAGGAGGAGAUGGAGGAGGGGGAGGUGGAUGAAGAUGAAGAUGGAGAGGAGGGAGGCAGUGAGGUGGAGACCAGUGAUGAGGAGGAGUUUUCUCCUCUCAACUCUCGGAGUGUCUCCGCAGCGGAGGGAAGUGUAAUCACACACUCUCACACACCUGUGGAGCCUGACUCCACCUCCAGCCUGCCGCCCAGCAUCACCUCCUCCACACCUUCAUCUGCGACUCCGCCCUCUGGCACCACACCCUCCACUUGCUCCUUGAUCACCACACCUGAUUCCACCAUUGAUGAGAGCAGAGACACAGCUCCACCCACAGAGCUCACACCUGACGUCGACAUUGAAAUAGUUGUUCAGAGACAUGCCCCCCAACAACCUGCCGCUAGAGGGUGGUUUGAUGACAUCAGCUCUGAACUGCUUUCGAAGAGGCCCCUCUUCCGGCAGGAGAGAGGGGCGGGGUCAGAGAAGGAGGGGGUGUACCAACAUGAGGAGGAGACGGAGUCAGAGUGGCUGAGGAGGAGGAGGAGGAGGCAUAGAGGAGCCCACAGCCUCCCCCCUCUGCAGGGUGGGGGCGGGGCACUCCUCCUCCAGCUGAAGGGGCUCAGGGAAGGUCUGCCCCCCGGACCGAUGGAUGUGGAAGGAGGCGGGGCCAGAGCUCUGUGGAGGGCGAUGUUCUCUGGAAACAAGAAGGAUAAGAGCAAGAGGGGCAGGACUUUACCACCUGAGAGGCUGAGGAAGGAAACAGCCAAUCAGAGGAGAGCUACAGAUGUGAGAGGAGGUCUGAGUCUGACAGAAGAGACUGAUCUGGACUCGUCCACUCUGCUGCAGAGAUGUUCACUGAAACCCAGUAACAACCUGCGUUUGGAGCUCUUCGACCUCACAUCUGAAAUUCAGAGAGUCACAAUAAAGGAGGAGGAGGAGAACCAGGAGCCUGUGUAUGUUCCUCAUGCUCUGGCUUUUAAACGAUCGUACGCCAUCAAGGUACAGACAGAUAGACGCUCUGUGAAGGACAGAGUCUCCCCCCAGGACUCUGACGGAUCGUCCUCUUGUCCCACGGAGGUUUUGGGGGUCCUAGUCCAGCCGAAGGAGCCGUCCAGUUUGAGCGUGAAGGAGGCCAUGUUCCAAAGGGAACGAGAGGACCAAGACGAAGACCUGGAUGCGAAAAUCACCCGACGAGUUCAGAGAGCCGCUCGAAGACAGGCAAAACAGGAACAGCUGAAGAGACUCCACAAGGCUCAGAUGAUCCAGAGACAGCUGCAGCAGGUGGAGGAGAAACAGAGGCAGCUGGAGGAGAGAGGCGUGAUGGUGGAGAAAGCUCUCAGAGGAGAAGCUGAUUACUGGGGAGACUCGAACAACAGUCAGGACAUCGACCUUCACCUGGGAGGACUGGGUAGACUGGAUAAUCCGGCUCUGAUGCAGCAGUGGUUCCAGCUGGUUCAGCAGAAGAACUCUCUGGUUCGAUAUGAGUCUGAACUCAUGAUAUUUGCUCGAGAGCUGGAGUUGGAGGACAGACAGAGUCGGCUGCAGCAGGAGCUCAGAGAGAGGAUGGCUGUGGACGACCACCUGAAGGAAGACUGGCAGCUGGUGGAGGAGCGUCUGAUCCUGGAGGAGAUGUUGGAGGUGGUGGAGCAGAGAGACUCUCUGGUGUCUCUGCUGGAGGAACAAAGGCUGCAGGAACGACAGGAAGACCAGGACCUGGAGGAGGUCGUGAUGACGCGGCGACUGGGACUCAGCUGGACCUGAAACUGGUCUGGGCUAGUCUGAACUAAUCUGCAUCUGAUCCAGUCUGGACACCAUGAAAACAAGAAACACUACGCCAACAGCUGCUUUGAGUUUUUGAGAAUUUUGGACCGAAUCUGAAACGGAUUAACAGAACCUGCCCCCCGCCCCCAAAAUAAUCUAAGCAACUCGUCGUGUGAGCACAGCUUGUUCUGGACACAGUCCCCCUGACCCGUGGACAGAGUCGGACAGAACCACCGAAACAACACGAAGUGAAGUCAGGAGCAGUUACUGUCACUAACAUGUGAAGCUCGGUUUGAAUCAUCACUGAAAUGGUGCAACGGUGGUGAAUGUCAAGUAUUUAGGUAAACAUCAGUAGCAAAACCCCCGAUAACUUUCAUUUUUAUCACAAGUAUAAACCAGAAUUAAAAUAAUUCAAAUAUUCUCUUUUGCCUGAGGAAAGAGAGACAUUUAGUUUCCCACUAGUUUUACCGAGAGUUUCAAAGCAGUUGGAUCCGAUGUCAGCAGAUGCACUGACCACCAGGGGGCACUGGUCUGUUACUGUCUGUCAUUCAGCCUCUUGUUAGAGUCAGUGAUUUCAGGUGUUCAGCUGACGGUGUGUGAAGGUGAGCGCCUGCAGUUCACCUGACAGAAAAGUAAACAGGAGUCAUAGGUUUGGAUGUCAGCUCCACCGCACCGCACGCAUGUUGUAUAUGAUCCGACCGAAUGGUGCUUUUUAUAAAUGUAUACGCACGAUUAUUUAUACUCAUGAGCUGGUUUUGCUAAGGGCUGGUUAGGACUAUGUUCUCAUGUACCGUUCACACUACAUCAGCGGCGUCAAGCGUAAAAGGCCUUUGUCUCCAUUUAAACCCGCCCUUUAAGUUACGCAAAAACUCUGCUCAAGAACAACGGGGUUAACUGAGUAACUGGCUGUGUGGUGACCAGGCUUUAGUCUCCACCGCUGUAGUGAAGGAGGCAGUUUGAGCUUCAGAACUACAUGCUCAGUGUUAAAUUUGACUUAGUGUUUCUCAGCUGUAUAAAGCAGCUUUAUUGAUAUGUAUUGAUUAUUGUGCCAACACUAUCAGCUGUUGAUCACCUGUCUGCCUUAUCUCAUCUCCACCUGCCGUCUGAUCAAUAACUGUUUAUUAACACCGAUGAUGUGAGCCACGUGGCUGUGAUGAGCUGAUGUUGUUAAUGUAUCUAACUGUAAAUCACAGCCUUCUAACUGGAAUCU